CAAUGUUUUCAAACUCGCAGCUAGAAAUAAUUGCUAAAGACGAGUUGUUAAAUAUAAAUGAUCAGUAAGAAGAUUUAUAUUACAUGGAAAACAAUACAAAUCAUCAUGAGCCAUUCAAAAAUUAUUAAUAAUUUAACUAAGAAAAAUAAAUUUAAAGCUAUUUAAAGAUACUCAACAGUACAUUUAACUUUUGUUAAGGUAAAAAUUUGGAUCCAGACAAGAAAAACAGAAAGGAAAUUCCUCAUUAGAGUAUUAACGAAUAUUAAAAUUUAAAGAGAUCUCCAAACAGCUCUAAUUCAAAGACUGUUGAUAACUAAAGAAGAAAAGUUUUGAAAAAAGAAGUAAUAAGUACUGUUAUCAGGAGCAAUGAAAAUAGUUUACAAAAAUCUACAACUCGAGGUAGUACAAAGCCAGAUAUAAAAAUUUAUGAAAGUCUGAUUAAUUAUCAGGAAGAAUUUAAUCCCUACUCAGAUAUUUUAACAGCCUCAAAUAACAAUACAUAUAACUAAUUUACAAACUCUUAACAAAAUAGUGAUUCUAAUUAAAAUAAGGAUAACGAUGAAGAUGAAACACCUAUAUUUCUUUCUUAAAUUUAUCAAAAAAGGGAGAAAUUAGUCAAUGAAAGUAAAGACUAUUCUAAAAAUAGGAUUAAAGGAUAAAGGAUGCCGCAUUUAUCAGAAUUAUAGCAAAAUAAUUAAAACAUCAGCUAAGAUAAAUAAACUGAAACAAAUAUUUAACCAUAUAAAUAAAUAUAAAUGAUAGCAGAUAAAAAGUGCUUUUCAGUAAAAAAUUCUAAAAGACAGCUUAACGUUGAACCAUUAUCAUCAAAAAAGAUUGAAGAUGCUAAAAUAAGAAGAGCUUCUUUGCAUAAUAUUAAGAAGUUUAAUUUGGAUAAUUCAUCUGUUUCUCAAUAAGCUUAGGACUAGUAAAAGCAGUCAUAGAAUUUAUAUUAAAAUCUUAUUUAACAGCCUGAUAAUUAAGAUAAAUAGUAAAUUAAUUUAUAGAUUAAAGGCUAAGCUGCUUCUAAAGAAAAUAUUUUGAGAGAUUAGAAGAGAGUAAGCAAUAAAGAUCCUUUGAGGAGAAUAGAUAGCUUUUAAAAGAGUAGAGAGAGAUGGAUUGAUAAAUUAGAAAGUGACUAUUUUAAUUUGUUAAGUAAAAAUAUAAAGGGACAGAGAGGAUAUUAGCAUGAGUUGCAAUAAGAUAAUCAUUAAUUAAAUGAAACUUGCUUGUAAAAUCCACCGUAAGCUUUAAGAGAAUCUUUUUUAGACUAACAAAAUGAGAGUUAAAUCAUCAGUGCUCAGGAAAAUAGUAAAAGUCCAGAUAAAAUUUAAAUUACUUCUAUCAUGAAUAUUUCUUAAACAACAAAAAUGAAGUCUGCUGAUCCUUCUAAAUAUCUAAUUAAUAGACCUUAAGCAUAAUAAAACUUUGAAAGAAAAAAUUCAACACCUCAAAAAAUCACAAAAAAGACUACAUAAUCCGGAAGGAGGAGAAAAAGUAUUUAAAUAUUUAAAAGAUUUGAUCCUAAUGUCGUUAGUAUUGAUAUGAUUAAGAGCCAGUUGAAGGAAGGUGAAAUACCAGAAACAGUUUAAAAAUACUUUGAAUCAAAGUAACAAAGAAUUCUUCAUUAGUAAUAAUUUAUCUUACCUCAAUCCUAAAAUGCUUCACCUAGAGAUAUUAACUAAAGUAUAAACACAACUAAAAGAUAAGAUAAACCCUAAAUGAUUGAUAUAUCUUAAGGAUUAUUUUAAAAUGAGGAAAUAAUUAAUAGAAUAAAUGAUUUAAAUAAAAGUUUAGGAGAAUAAAAUACUAAAAACGUGCAGUAAUUAAGUGUUUAAUCAUAAAGGAAUUCGCCAUAAAAAGAGUAAAAAUUUGUAUAUAAAAAUUCUCAUACUCCAUUUAAUGAUCAAAUAAAUAGCCCAAUAGUUCAUAAUUAGCAAGGAUCUUUGUUUUAUAAUUACAUUGAGUAUAAACAAUUCAAAAGUAAAUUGGAGUAUGAGAAGGAGAUGAAAAAAAAAGAAAUGCAAAAAAAAGCUAAGCUUCGAAACAAAUCUCCAUUCCAUGGUGUAACAUAUUAAUUAGAGGAAUAUUAAGUGGCAUCUGAAAAGUAAAAAGAAUCUUUUUAAAAUGAUGCAAAUCUUCAAAAUAAUUAAAAUAAGAAAAAUCAACAAUAAAUAAAUUAAUAAAAUUAGUAAGAGAUUUGUUUGCAAUAUCAUGUAAAUUUAUAAAAAUAGAGAUAACCAAACAUUAAUAAUAACUUUUUUCAUUUAAAUGAUGGAUUUGUUUCAUAGUUUAGAACUCCUUAAUCAGCUAAUAAUUAAAAUGAUUAAAAGAAAAUUAAAUUAAUUUAAUUCAGUGCUGAUACAAAAUAGCAUAAUUAAAACCCUGAAAGUAUUCAAAAUAGCUUAAAUAAUAGCUUGCAAUAAAAUAUAAACAAUAACAAUAGCAAUAACAAUAACAAUAAAUUACCUCUUAUUUUAAAAAAAUAUAUUUUUUGA